AUGCUGGCCCAGCCGACCGGGGAAAGGCGUGCAUUCCGCGCCGUUGAGCCGCAGCCGCCUCAGUGCCCCCACCCGCCGCCCCGCAGCGCUGGGACCUACGAGGCGUGGCGGGACGAUGCGGCGGCGCUCGCGCCUUACAAGGGGGCGCGCCUGCCAGAAUGGGCCGGCGAGUGGUGGGUCGACAUCAGGCAGGAGGGCGUGAGGGCAGUCAUGCGGCAGGUGAGGGCCCCCGGCGGUGGCAUCACUGGGCGCAGCAUGCAGCGGCGCAGGGGCGCCGCUGGCGGCGGCUCCAGGCCCUGCCAGGGACGCUCGCGUGGCGCAGUGGCCGCGAAGGGGUACGGCGUUGACCCUGGUUUGACUGUGCCCCUCGUCCGCAUGUAUACGUCCGUCACCCCUUUUGCCGCCUUGCAGCGGAUGCAGGACUGCAAGGCCAAAGGGUUUGUGGGACUGGACCCUGAUAACGCGGACGGCUACACAAACACAAACGGCCUCGGGCUCACCGCCGCCGACCAGCUGGCGUACAACAAGUGGCUGGCCGCCACUGCCCAUGACCUUGGGCUAGCCAUUGGCCUGAAGAACGCCAUCGAUCUGAUCCCAGAUCUCGUUUCGGACUAUGACUUCUUUGUGAACGAGCAGUGCGUUGUAUUCAAUGAGUGCGGCGCGUACCUCCCAGCCAAGCUAGCCUACAAGCCUGUGUGGACCAUCGAGUACGUUAGGGCGGCCUUCAAGACUGCCUGCGCCAACCAGGCCACGUACGGCAUCCGUACCUUGCUAAAGACAAAGGCCUUGGACUCGCACAAAGAGGAGUGCGCUGCAGGCGAGGAGCCGCAGCCCCCGCCAGUCAAUGGCACCAGCGGCGGCGGCGGCGGCGGCAGCGGCACCGGUGGCGGGAGCGGCGGCGGCGGCGACGGCCGCGUCAUUGCAAGCAUAUGGCAGCCAAAGGCCUCCGACAACCUGGCGUUCCAGUAUCAAAUCGGGCAGGCGUUCGACCCCGGGAAGCACAUGCUCUCGGGCGUCCAGGUAUACUUCGUGGACUGCAUGGAUACGAGCGCCGAGGCCGUGGCUGCCAUCGCAUCCGCCGGAAGUUACGCCGUCGGUUACCUCAGCGCUGGCACACUUGAGACCUGGCGCCCUGACGCCGGGGACUUCACGGCGGCUGAUCGCGGGGCCGCAUCCGGCGCUGGGGAGUUUUGGCUUGACAUCAGGUCAGAAAACGUCAAGGCCGUCAGUAGAAAGCGCUUGGAGGUCUGCAAGUCCAAGGGUUUCGUGGGGGUUGACCUCUCCAACUUGGACGCCUACGACGCCAACAACGGCCUCGGGCUAACCGCCGCCGACCAGCUGGCGUAUAACAAGUGGCUGGCCAACACCACGCACGACCUCGGGCUCGCGGCCGGCCUCAAAGCCGAUCUGGGGCAGAUCGCUGACCUGGCAACGAGCUUUGACUUCUUCACCAGCGUGGGAUGCCAGCAGGCAAAGGCGUGCGACCAGUACCAAGUGGCAGUGGCGCUGGGCAAGCCCGUGUGGAACCUCGAAACGCGGCUUGGGGACUUUCUGAAGGCCUGCAAGUGUGAGACUGCCUACGGCGUCAAGACAGUCCGCAAGGCCUGCAGCGACGCCGCGCCGGCGCUGCAGCAAUAA